UCAAAGGAUCAACACAGCACCUGGCUUACAAUCUCCUCUGCUAGCUCAUCUUUCAGUUUCUACCACAAUGGCUGCCAUGAGAACCAUUCUCCUCGCCAUGUCCGUGAUGGCCAUCCUGAGCAACGCAUCGGCGGCAAUCUACAACGUCGGCGAGCCAAGUGGUCAAUGGGACCUCAGCACCAACUACAGCACCUGGGCGUCUUCCAGGAACUUUCACCCCGGCGACCAAAUCAUCUUCAAAUACUCUCCUCAGGCACACGAUGUCCUCGAGGUCAGCAAGACCGACUACGACUCCUGCAGCACCGCCAGCCCCAUCGCCACCCUCAACUCCGGGAAUGAUGUUGUCUCCCUCACUGCCACCGGCACCCGCUACUUCCUCUGCGGCUUCCCGGGCCACUGCGCCGGGGGAAUGAAGGUCAAGAUCGAUGUCGUGCCAAGCUCGUCCUCUUCCUCGCCGGCCCCGGCCAGCGGCCCUAGUGCAAGCAACGCACCCCCACCGGUGCCUGUCUCAGCCGCCACCUCUAUUGAGGCCACAGGGUUUGGCCUCGCCGUCUUGCUUGCCGUUGCCGGUCUGAUGGCUUGAGUGCGUCUCUAAAAAAACAUAGAAGUCAUUGUUACUAUCAAGCAUAUGUGGUGUACAUGUAUAGUCAAGUAAUUAUAUCGUACGUUGUAUGUAUUCAGGCUUCACGUUUUGCAUAUUCAUUUUAGAGGAUGAGUAAUAAAAAUUCUUUU